AUGGGAAAAGGUGUGGCAAAGUAUGGGUUCCAAAGUGGUAUUUUGCCCACGGCCCGUUCGAUCCUGAAAAAUCCUACUGUUAAGCAAACCGACGUAUUGGAAAAGCUAAAAGCUCCAAAGCCAAAGGGCGCAGAAGGUGUUGGUUAUGCCGGAAACAUUGCACAUCCAAGGGGUUCGCAUCGGUUGCCUCCUAAAGUAGAAUUUGUCGAUGUGGAAGAACUAGUCACGAAUACGGUUCCGGAGCCCCAACAUACCAGAGCUCCAAAAACUACGCAGCAAGCGAUCAAACUGCAUAAGGCGCAAGUACGUAGGUCUUACUUAUCUGAGUCCUUCAGAAAAGAAGAAGAGCGCGUGCUAAGACAAGCCCAAUUACUGAAAGAAAAAGAAGCUCAGCUUCAUCAAGAAAGACAACAAGAACUAGCUGCAUUGAACGAAACUCGUUCUAGUGAUCUCACAAUUCCAACAAUGGAAAAUCUACUGAGGGGACCCCUUAUGCGACAAAGAACUCCCGAAGAGAAGGAGAUUCUACAAAUGAAACGAAAACAAAAUCGGGACAUCAUACAGCUAAAGUCAAAGGAGCGUAAGCUUGAAAAUCUUCUCAAACUUCAUCACGUUACAGAUGAGUUCAUUGUUUCAGAAAGCCAGCUUACAAAAAAGAUAGACGAAGUUUUUGCCAACGAGUCGUCGGAGGCAUUGAGAACCAAGCUCAGCGUUGGAACUGCUAGACCUAGGUCUAGAAAUGAAAAAGAGAUUGGUGACGCGCUGUUUGGAUCUCUCGGUGGUGGAAGCUUUGUGGGCCUUCCUACUAUCAAAGAAUAUGUUUCUGGAGAGAUGAGCUCUUUUGCUAAGGAGGUGGAAGCAAAAAGCGAAGCUCUCAAGGACCAAAAAAGUCAGGACAUGGAAACCAUUCUGUGA